CGAUAGGCUGCGGCGCUCGUUCCGCUCAAGUACGAACAUGACGCCGCUGGGCUCGAGCGCAGUCCGGGCCGAGCGCGAGCGGCUUUGACAAGGAACGGGGCAGGUUCCAGGGAGCGCGCCGGCUCUUCGUUUUUUUUAAUAUUUUUUUAAUAAAAAAAAAAAAAAAAAAACAAAAACAACACUCCUUUUUUAAACUCUGUCUAUGCGAUUUUAUUCAUGUACUAAUUCGGAGGGAAGCCGGUAACCUAAACGUGCUGUGUUGGAAGUGCGAGGGCUGUCGAUCGCCAUUAGAGUUCCGCGGUGGCGUGUGUCUCGUGUAACCUUGUUUCCUAGCCCGGGGAAGACCGCAUUGCCUCAGACUCUGCUCCUUCCUUUAUUUCACGUGUUUUAAUGUUAAGUUCGAGCUGAUAAGACUGACUCUUCUGACGGAGCGACGCCGAACAGGAAAAGCAAACAUGUUUGAAACGAAAGGAAUCCCAUUCAUCCUCCUUGACAUAGCCUGCCUCAUACUCGUGGGACUCCCAUUCGCAACACUCACACUGCUGCACAGUCCAUUCAAACGAGGAUUUUUCUGUAACGAUGACUCGAUCACCUUCCCCCUUAAAGAAGACACCAUUCCCUAUCAGUUGUUAGGUGGGACAAUGAUUCCCUUCACACUGCUUGUUAUGGUCAUUGGAGAGUGCCUUUCGGUGCAUUUUAAGCGCAUCAAAUCAAAGUCGUCCUUCAACAAUAGCUAUGUGGCGUGUGUGUAUAAAGCAGUGGGCACCUUCUUGUUCGGAGCUGCCAUGAGUCAGUCCCUCACCGACAUUGCCAAGUACUCCAUAGGCCGACUGAGGCCACAUUUCUUAGAUGUAUGCAAACCUGUGUGGAGCCACAUCAACUGCACGUCUGGGAACUACAUCGAGAACUUCACCUGCACGGGAGACAAGAUAACGGUCAACGAGGCCAGACUCUCCUUCUACUCGGGCCAUUCCUCUUUCUCCAUGUACUGCAUGUUAUUCCUAGCGCUUUAUGUCCAAGCAAGACUUCAAGCCGAGUGGGCGAGGCUCCUCCGGCCCACAAUCCAGUUCUUCCUGAUCGCCGCCUCCGUGUACGUGGGUCUGUCGCGGGUGUCCGACUACAAGCACCACUGGAGCGACGUCCUCACCGGGCUCAUCCAGGGAGCGCUGAUGGCCGUACUCAUCGUGGCCUUCGUGUCGGAUUUCUUCAAGAGGCCCGUGGAGCCAGAGAAGGGCGAGGAGAUCCCCCACAGCAGUUUACAGGAGAGCCCCACUAAUGGAAACCACUAUGGGAGCGCCCACUGAGGGGGACAGGUGCCGCAGUGGACAGCUUGUGAAUGUAACGCUGCUUUUUGGCUCUCUGGGACCUGUACUGCACGCCUGGAGACUCAACUCACUGUGGACACAUGAUGUCAAAUAUUGCCUUGGCCAGACUGCUAUUGCUACUACCAAAGCCUCCUAUGUAUUGUCACCCACUAAAAAUAUAUAUACCGGGGGAAAAAAAGAACCCUAAUAUACUAAGGGA